AUGCUAGGAGGAGGAGUACCUUUAUGCAAGAUUACAGAGUUUUGUGGAGCUCCUGGAAUUGGUAAAACUCAAAUGUGUAUGCAAUUAGCUGUUGAUGUCCAAAUUCCUGAAUGUUUUGGUGGUGUGGAAGGUGAAGCUGUUUAUAUAGACACUGAAGGCAGUUUUCUGGCAGAAAGAUUAGCAGAUAUUGCUGAGGUGACCGUUAAACAUUGUCAACAGUUAGAUACCACAGGUGAAGUGUCAUCAGUAUUUACAACUGAGCGUGUCUUGUCUGGAGUUCAUUAUUUCCGCUGUCGGGAUUAUGUUGAGCUGCUAGCAACAAUUCAUUUGUUGACAGAUUUCAUAAAGGAUUAUCCCAAGGUAAAACUGGUGAUUAUUGACAGUAUUGCAUUCCAUUUCCGCCAUGAUUUUGAAGAUCUUGGCCUCAGGACACGUUUGCUCACAACUGUGGCACAAAACCUCAUCCAAAUUGCCAAUCAACACAAAUUAGCAGUAGUUUUGACAAACCAAAUGACAACUCGUGUAAGUAAUCAGGGUGAUAUGGCAUCCAGCCUGAUUCCUGCAUUAGGAGAGAGUUGGGCUCAUGUCAGUACAAUUCGUAUUAUUCUUUUUUGGGAAGAUAAACAAAGAAUGGCCCUUCUAUACAAAUCUCCUGAUCAUAAAGAGGACACUGUCCCCUUCCAGAUUACUAUGGGAGGAAUACGUGAUAUGAUAUCCCCGAAUGUUGAAGUUGAAAAGAUGUCGGAAGAAACUGAGGAGACUAUUGCCGGGCCUGCAGCUAAACGACAAAAAGUCACUUGA